AUGCAUAUUUCGUCAGCUAUAACUUUUUUGGUAGCUUCUUUGAUAGCAAGUGCUUCUGCUGCCAUUAUUCCAUGCUCCGAUGUUACAUAUAAAGUUAUCGCUGCUGUGCCCAGUAAUGAAACCGUUGGCGUUGUUGUGGAUGAUACUGUAUACCCUUUAACAUCUACAAGUAAAUACUCUACACUACUUCAUAUUGGUGAAGCCCCUAUGGCUAGUUCAGGUUAUCAAUAUGCCAUUCUUAAUAAAGCUAAUAAUGAAAUUAUCAGAAAAGAAAAUUUCAUUCGCCAACCUGUCGACGAUAGUACUUUAAAUGAAGUCUAUGAUAGAUCUUGGAAUACUAAAUCACUUGUUCAACUUCCUACUAUUAUGAAACCUCUUCCUAUCAUUCAUCGUAUUAAGUCCAGUCUUCAUGUUGAUGGCCAAAUUCCUGUAAUUCAUAUCACUGGUAAUCAAACAGCUGUCGAUUAUAUUCACAAUCAUCGUGCAGAAGACAUUGAGAUUACUAUGAACAUGACUUAUAUCAGUCCUAAUAAAAUCAAAACUUUUAAAGAAAUCACAAUGGCUAUCUCUGGUUGUAGUACACGUUUAGCCUCCAAGCUCUCUUACAAAAUAAAGAUGCCUGAAGGAAAGAAUCUCUAUGGUUAUAGAACAGUUAAAUUGAGAUCCAUGGCUUUUGAUUUGACAUACAUGAAAGAAGAAUUAGCGUAUAAUAUUGCUGAGUCUGUUGGUCUCGCUACCACCAAGUACAGCUAUGUUCGUGUCUAUAUUAAUGACAAACCUAUUGGUCUCUUUGGCCUCGCUGAGGCUUUCAAGGGCCCAUGGAUUCGUAAUGAAUUUGCAAAUGGUAAUAAAAAGUAUAAACAAGGUGCCCUUUAUAUAGCUGAUAUGAAUGGUGGUGCAGCGUGCUUAGCUAAUCAAUUGAACGCGCCUAGUCAUAAUUCUACGGCUCAGCAUAAUGAAGCAACGGUGAAUAGGAAUACGAAAAGAGAUGUUGCCAUCAGUACACAUCCCUCUCCUGAUUUAUCUUAUUUGGGAACCAAUCUUACUGUUUAUAGUCACUUUUAUCUUGCUAAGGAUAAAUCCUAUAAGGGCACCACUGACUAUGCUAAACUUAUGAAAUUAACCAAAUUUAUUUCUAAACAACCUAAUAAUAUAACCUUAACUGAUGCUGUCGUCCCUCUCUGGAAAAAGAAAUUUGAUAUGGAAAGUGUCUUGCGUACCUUAGCUUUUGAAAUCGUUAUUUGUAAUGUUGAUUCUUAUCUUGUUACAAGCAAUAAUUUUAUCUUAUAUGAAGAUCUUGCAGCCGAUCGAUUUAUGAUGUCUUCUCAAGACUUGGAUCUUACUAUGGGAAUAAAUAUACUAAAUCCUAGUAUAUUUUUUGGAGGUAAUUGGACAGAAUAUCCUGGUGUCUUAACAAAACCCUUAACUUCACGUUUGAUGGCUGUUCCAGGCUUUAAAAAAGAACUUGGUCGUUUGAUUCUUCGCUAUACUAAAAAACUUGUAAAUCCCAAGGUCUUAUUCCCACGUAUUGAUCAGCUUUAUGAUAUGCUUAAGGGAGAAGUAGAAUGGGAUUUGAAUAUACAAUAUAGCAAUAACGCUAAGACCUUUUGGUCAAUGGCUGAAACGGAAAUGAAGCUGGCAAAUACGACAGACUCUAAUUCAACAUCAACAGAUAUCAAUACAAGUAAUGUUUUCGACAUAUGUGUUAAUGGUGAAACGCAUAUACCAAUUUUCAUGGGCUUAAAAGAAUGGAUCAAACUUCGUAGUUCAAAUAUUUUAACUUUCUUUAACCAAACUUUAUAA